AUGGAUCUCAAAGGUCUCUGCUUCGUGGCAUUUGCCCUGAUGUUAGGGUUCUCCAGUACAGUUGGUGAAUAUAUUGGCUUGUCUGAUACUCAAUGUGCCGUCCCAUCCAGUGAAAGAGUGGAUUGUGGCUACCCUAAAGUCACUGAAGAACAAUGCAAUAGCAGAGGGUGUUGCUUUGAUUCCAGCAUCCCUGAAGUACCCUGGUGCUUCAAACCUCUCCAAGAAGCAGAUCCUUCAAGUGACAGAGUAUUGCUUUGUUCGAUGCUCUGCGUUGAAAAGAAAAGAUUCAGAGAUUUCUAA